AUGGCUUCUGACCCCUUCUUCUCCGCCGUCCUCGGCCGCCGCACCGUCUACGCCCUGUCAGACUCCUCUCCCAUCCCCGACUCGCGCAUCCAGGAGAUUGUCGUGAAGGCCAUCAAGCACUCGCCCAGCACAUUCAACGUGCAGUCUGCCCGCGCCGUGAUUCUGCUCAAGGAUGAGCACAGGAAAUUCUGGGACUAUGCCCUCGAGUUCAUCAAGGCGGCCCUGCCCGAAGAGGUCGUGAAGCAACUUGGCGCUAGAAUUGCUGGAUUCCGAGCGGCAUACGGCUCAGUUUUGUUUUUUGAGGCCAAAGCCGAUCUAGACGCCCUGGCCCAGGAGCAUGCCAUUGUGGCUCCUUUUAUAACCGAGUGGUCCGAUACCUCGUCAGGAAUCAAUCAGUUUGCCGUGUGGGCAGCACUCUCAGCUGAAGGCCUCGGUGCCAAUCUGCAGCAUUAUAACUUUUUACCGCCUCUGGUCGAGAAGGUCAAGGCGGAGUGGAACAUUCCCCAGGACUGGUUGCUUAAAUCACAACUGGUGUUUGGGACACCUACCGGGGGACCUCGUGAGAAGACCUUCAAGCCUGUCGAGGACCGGGUCAAGGUCUACGGUCAAUAA